AUGGUAUAUCAUGCAGAUUAUUCAAAUACAAAAGGAUUAACAAAAGAAGAAACUCUACAGCAUAUUCUUGAUAGUUUUGAAACUUUAAAAACAAAAAAUUGGGUUACUAAUUUAUCAAAUUUAUCAUCAUUAUUAUGGCAUUCAUAUCAUUCUUUAGGUAUAAAAGUAAAUUGGACUGGAUUUUAUACAAUAGAUGAAAGCAUAAAUAAUAAUAAUAAUGAAUUAGUAUUAGCACCAUUUCAAGGUAAAGUAGCAUGUCAAACUAUUAAAAUUGGAAAUGGAGUAUGUGGAACUUGUGCUUUUACAAAAUUAACUCAAUUAGUUCCUAAUGUUGAAGAAUUUCCUGGUCAUAUAGCAUGUGAUGGUGAUACUAAAAGUGAAAUUGUUGUACCCAUAUUGAAAAAUAAUAAAAUUUGGGGAGUUAUUGAUUUAGAUUGUGAAGAAUUAAAUGGAUUUGAUGAAAUUGAUCAAUUAUAUUUAGAAAAAUUAGCUGAGUCAAUAAGUAAAAGUUUGUAA